AUGUGGCAAUGUACGCGCGAUCAAUUGAACAAGAAUUCAACACUACUAGAUCGAUCAUUAAAAAGUGAUCAUUUAAAUAAAAUAGAACAAGACCGUUUAGAUUUACAACGAAGUCUUAUUCAAACAUCAUCACAAUUCGAUCAAGUAGAAAGUGAAAAACAUGGUCUAACAGUAGCAUUAGACGAACUUCGUCGAAAAUUUGAUGUGGAAAAACAAAAUUUACUUGAUGAAUUGGAUCUGUUACGACAAGCUAAAAGUACAUUUGAACGAGAAAAAUUACUACGCGAUCAAGAAUUACGACAGAUUCGUGAUCGAUCACAUGUUGAAUCUGAUGAAUUAAAAAGUAGCCGAACAAAAAUUCGUGCACUUGAACAACAGCUUGAAAAACAAAUCAAUCAAAAUAAGGAUUUAAAUGAUGAAGCUCGUCAUUAUAAAUUAGAAUCAACUACUUUAAAACGUAGUCUCAACGAUUACGAAUUAACUAGCCGUGAACGAGAUCGUUUACAAGAUCAUGCUGCCGAACUAGAGAAAGAACUUAAUUCUCUUCGGCAAGCACUUAAAUCGCAUGAUACCCUUUAUAAUGAAGCACAAUUUCUUCGUAAUAAAUUGGCUGAUGAAAAAAGUGCUUUAAUGAAAGAAGUGUCACGAUUAGAAAAUUUAACUAAAGAAUACGAAAGAGAUUUAGAUCAACUUCGUUAUACGGUACGGGAACGUACAGAUGCAUUACAAUCGAAGGACAAAGAAUUGGCUGUGUUAAGAAAGAAAGAGCAAAGUUUUCUUCAUUCAAUUGAAACUUUACAAAAUAAAUUAGAUAUUGAAGCAACAAGAAAUAAAGACCUUGAUGGACAACUUCAUCAAUUACAAAGACAAUUGAAUAUUGAAGUUCAAAAUGCAAAUACUGCUAAACGUGAAUUAACUGAAUAUGAAUUACGUCAUAUACAUUUACAAGAUGAAAUAAAUAUUGUUCAACGUGAAAAAGAUCACUUAACAGUUCAUAUUAAUGCAUUACAACAAAAACUUGCAAACGAAGAAGAUUUAUCGAAUGGUUUACGUAUUGAAAUUCAAGAACUUGAAGAUCGUGUUAAAGAAAUCGAUCGUCUCAAGUCUCUUGAAGAUUUAAUACAAACUCAACGCUGGGAUGAUAUAUCACAAAUGGCUCACACAAUGCAAUCUGUGAGCCGUAAUAUGGCACGAGCUACAAGUCCAACAAGUAUACGAAAACGUGUUGAACUACAAUAA